CCUCGCGAACUCGGUGAAAGGAAUUGGCGCCGUUCGACAGCAGGCUGGUCAGCUCUGCAGCACGAACCACCUCCAGCCGCAGCCGCAGCCGCCGCCCGGGCCGAGGAGCAGCCACAGCAGCCGCCAUCAGUGGCCGAGCGAGCGGAGCCGAGUUUGAGCCAGCGCCUAGCGGGGAAACGGGGGCCCUCACCAUGAGUUCCUCGCCUGUUAAUGUAAAAAAGCUGAAGGUGUCAGAGCUGAAAGAGGAGCUCAAGAAGCGGCGCCUUUCCGACAAGGGCCUCAAGGCCGAGCUCAUGGAGCGACUCCAGGCCGCGCUGGACGACGAGGAGGCCGGCGGCCGCCCCGCCAUGGAGCCCGGGAACGGCAGCCUCGACCUGGGCGGGGAUUCCGCCGGGCGCUCGGGAGCAGGCCUCGAGCAGGAGGCCGCGGCCGGCGGCGACGAGGAGGACGAGGAGGAGGAAGAGGAGGAGGAGGGCAUCGCCGCCCUGGAUGGCGACCAGAUGGAGCUAGGGGAGGAGAACGGGGCCGCGGGGGCGGCCGACUCGGGCCCGAUGGAGGAGGAGGAGGCCGCCUCGGAAGACGAGAACGGCGACGACCAGGGCUUCCAGGAAGGGGAGGAUGAGCUCGGAGACGAGGAGGAGGGCGCGGGCGACGAGAACGGGCACGGGGAGCAGCAGCCUCAACCGCCGGCGACGCCGCAGCCGCAGCCCCCACCGCAGCAGCGCGGGGCUGUCAAGGAGGCCGCGGGGAAGAGCAGCGGCCCCACCUCGCUGUUCGCGGUGACGGUGGCGCCGCCUGGGGCGAGGCAGGGCCAGCAGCAGGCGGGAGGUAAGAAGAAGGCGGAAGGCGGCGGAGGCGGCAGUCGCCCCGGGGCUCCGGCGGCGGGGGACGGCAAAACAGAACAGAAAGGCGGAGAUAAAAAGAGAGGGGUUAAGAGACCUCGAGAAGAUCAUGGCCGUGGAUAUUUUGAGUACAUCGAAGAGAACAAGUAUAGCAGAGCCAAGUCUCCUCAGCCACCGGUUGAAGAGGAAGAUGAGCACUUCGAUGACACAGUGGUUUGUCUUGAUACUUAUAAUUGUGAUCUACAUUUUAAAAUAUCGAGAGAUCGCCUCAGUGCUUCUUCCCUUACCAUGGAGAGUUUUGCUUUUCUUUGGGCUGGAGGAAGGGCAUCUUACGGUGUGUCAAAAGGCAAAGUUUGUUUUGAGAUGAAGGUUACAGAGAAGAUCCCAGUAAGGCAUUUAUAUACAAAAGAUAUUGACAUACAUGAAGUUCGGAUUGGCUGGUCACUAACCACAAGUGGAAUGUUGCUUGGUGAGGAAGAAUUUUCCUACGGGUAUUCUCUAAAAGGAAUAAAAACAUGCAACUGUGAAACUGAAGAUUAUGGAGAAAAGUUUGAUGAAAAUGAUGUGAUUACAUGUUUUGCUAACUUUGAAAGUGAUGAAGUGGAACUCUCCUAUGCUAAGAAUGGGCAAGAUCUCGGCAUUGCCUUCAAAAUUAGUAAGGAAGUUCUUGCUGGACGACCACUCUUCCCACAUGUUCUCUGCCACAAUUGUGCAGUUGAAUUUAAUUUUGGUCAGAAGGAAAAGCCAUAUUUUCCAAUACCUGAAGACUAUACUUUUAUCCAGAAUGUCCCCUUAGAGGAUAGAGUUAGAGGACCAAAGGGGCCUGAAGAGAAGAAAGACUGUGAAGUUGUGAUGAUGAUUGGCUUGCCAGGAGCUGGAAAAACUACCUGGGUUACUAAACAUGCAGCAGAAAAUCCUGGUAAAUACAACAUUCUUGGGACAAAUACCAUUAUGGAUAAAAUGAUGGUGGCAGGUUUUAAGAAGCAAAUGGCAGAUACUGGAAAACUGAACACACUGUUGCAGAGAGCCCCCCAAUGUCUUGGAAAGUUUAUUGAGAUUGCUGCCCGCAAGAAGCGAAAUUUCAUUCUGGAUCAAACAAACGUGUCUGCUGCUGCCCAGAGGAGAAAAAUGUGCCUGUUUGCAGGCUUCCAACGAAAGGCCGUUGUAGUUUGCCCAAAAGAUGAAGACUAUAAGCAAAGAACACAGAAGAAAGCAGAAGUAGAGGGGAAAGACCUACCAGAACAUGCAGUCCUCAAAAUGAAAGGAAACUUUACCCUACCAGAGGUAGCUGAAUGCUUUGACGAAAUAACUUACGUUGAACUUCAAAAGGAGGAAGCCCAAAAACUUUUGGAGCAAUAUAAGGAAGAAAGCAAAAAGGCUCUUCCACCCGAAAAGAAACAGAACACCGGCUCAAAGAAGAGCAAUAAAAAUAAGAGUGGCAAGAACCAGUUUAACAGAGGUGGUGGCCAUAGAGGACGUGGAGGAUUCAAUAUGCGUGGUGGAAAUUUCAGAGGGGGAGCUCCUGGGAAUCGUGGUGGAUAUAAUAGGAGGGGCAAUAUGCCACAGAGAGGUGGCGGUGGUGGUGGCAGUGGUGGCAUUGGCUAUCCAUACCCUCGUGGCCCAGUAUUUCCCAGCCGAGGUGGUUAUUCAAACAGAGGAGGGAACUACAACAGAGGUGGAAUGCCCAACAGAGGGAACUACAACCAGAACUUCAGAGGACGAGGAAACAAUCGUGGCUACAAAAAUCAAUCUCAGGGCUACAACCAGUGGCAGCAGGGUCAAUUCUGGGGUCAGAAGCCAUGGAGUCAGCAUUAUCACCAAGGAUAUUAUUGAAUGCCCAAAUAAAACGAACUGAUACAUAUUUCUCCAAAACCUUCACAAGAAGUCGACUGUUUUCUUUAGUAGGCUAACUUUUUAAACAUUCCACAAGAGGAAGUGCCUGCGGGUUCCUUUUUUAGAAGCUUUGUGGGUUGAUUUUCUUUUUUCUUUUCUUUUUUGUACAUUUUUAAUUGCAGUUUUAAAGUGACUCGUAAGAGAACCUCAGCAUUGUGCACGAUUAAGAGAAUGUGUCAGUAUUUCAGGGUUCUACAUUUUAUCUGUAAAAUGUGACUUUUUUUUUUAUCACAACAAAAGUAAAAUGUUGCUUUGUACCUGGUGUCUUUUAUUAAGAAUUUACUCCCCCCAUUUCUCGCAGAGAAUAACAGUCGGGAGUCAUUGUCACAAUAUAAUAGAAAUGUUAGCAACCAGAUUCAUGGAGGGACUAAGUAGUCCUCAUGAAUUACAUAAGACUCUGUACUGCUCAUAUUACACUCCAUCCUCUCUGUAGUUUGCUGGGUAGUGGAGGGGGUAAACUAAAUAGUAGUUUUGGCAACAACUUGGGAAGGCCUUUUUAAAUACCCGUGGAAUUGGCAUUAUUGGGAAUGAAGAUAAAACUUGGAACCAAGAUAGAGAAGAUGGAGUGUAUGUAGAAGGGCUGUUAAAAAUGUAAAACUUGGUUGCAUUAUUUGUGGAGGCUCAAACUUGUGAAGGUUAAAUACCAUAAUUUUUCCAUUUGUUCUGCAUUUUGAUUCUGAAAAGAAAGCUGGCUUUGCCCAUUUCUUAUUAAAAAAAAACUUGUUGUAAA